AUGUCUUCGGUUUAGAUGGCUCAUAGGCUUCUAGUACGCAGAAUUUGGACGCUCUCUGCGAAAGAAAUCCGCUGCCUCCCAGCAUCCUCCGCCGCCAUUUCCUCCACUUUCUUUUCCACUUCCCUGCAGCCUUCCACCGCACGGGCAUCCUUCCUCUCCCCAACACACAAUCUGCCUCGCGUGCUUCCUCACACCACCCGUCGUCAAGUCUCCUUUAAUGUGCAGGACAACGAGGAUUUCACAGAAAGAGUCAUUAAUAGUCAACUGCCAGUGCUGAUUGACUUCCAUGCACAAUGGUGCGGUCCCUGUAAAAUCCUUGGACCAAGGUUAGAGAAGGCUGUUGCAAAACAAAAAGGCCGUGUUGCCAUGGCGAAGGUAGACAUUGACGAUCACACAGACCUGGCUAUUGAAUAUGGGGUGUCUGCCGUUCCAACAGUUAUCGCUAUGAGUGGAGGCGAUGUUAUCGACCAUUUUGUGGGGAUCAAAGAUGACGAUGAACUGGAUUCCUUUAUCAGCAAGAUCAUUGGGAAAUAA